UUUAGACUGGUGCUAGUCGGUCAACACGUGGAGAGGAGAGGCUGACUUUCCUUAGGACGCGUUUAAAAAACCAACACUCUGACAUUAUACUAGUGUUGCUCUCAUCGUGGCGGCGCCAAGGAUCCUAAAAUACCGUGUAGCUGCUAGUUUCCUGAGGAAAUGCCACUGAGGUUUCGCUCUGUUGUGCCGUACACACUGCCCGGAGUCCUUGCGUUGAUCGGCUGGUGGUGGUACAUCUCACGGAAGAAAGAGCGGCUCAUCAUCCAUGACAGCCCAGAGGGGGAUCCAACCAACGUGGCCCUGAGAACUUCUCCAUCAGAGGGCAGCAACGGUUUGGUUGAGAAAGGCACUGUAUCUCCUACUGACACCCACAGACCUCCAACGGUCAAUAACCAGAGAACAGAACACGACAAAUCUCAGAUCCAUGUCCAGGACACUGAAGCAGCACCGGCACUGGACCAAAGUUCUGAAGAAGCAUCCCAUCACCUCGGCAAAAUAAGACAAGAAGUUCAUAAACCUGCAGUCUCAGCUGUACCACCACAUCGUGAGGAAGGAGGCCUUCAGGUGUCCCUGAAAGACCAUGAAGAACUACAGAGGAUCCCAGCAUCUGUCUUGGCAACAGAGCCUGACAAACUUCUAACGAGAGAUUCAAACUCUACUCCAAAAGCCACAGUGGAAGAGGUCAUCUUGCCCUGUCAGUCUACCAAAGUCACCAGCUCCUCCCCCACAGAUGCACACCGUUCUGAUGCAGAGAGGCCUGAGCCAGAGGGGGAAGUUGCAAAGCACCACAGUUCUAUUAGUGGACAGGAUGAGAUGGUUGUUUGUGCAGUCACCCCAGCCAAAGUGCAGAGAGUGAACUCAUCAGAGGCCGAUUCUCUAGAGACACCCACUUCAGUGCAGGAUUUCCACCAACACAUUCUGACCAGCACACCUACCUCCCCGGCCCCUGCCCCGGCCCUGACCACAACCCAAGACUGCACCACCACAUCAGUGACUCAAGAGGACAUCCAGGUACACAGCAGCAGUGGAGAGGAGCAGGAUCUGGAGCUUCUGGCAGCUGGGCUCAUAACUGAGGUCAUCUCAGCUGCCACCCAGGAGGUCCUCGGUGUCACCAGCUGCCAGGUCACAGACAAAAGCCAGGCUGGCCACCCUGGCUGCAGCAGCAGCACACCACUGGCUAGCGACAGGCUCUGCUACCAACAGGAGCUAAUUACAGCAACACAGCAGCACCACCACCUUCUGACAAGUGUGCCUCAGGUAGGCCAUGACUCUGCAGAGGCAACACAGAAGGAAGAGCAAGGGGUUCCUAAUGGAUGCACCUCAGCCUCAGUAUGGGAGCCUGUUGAGGUCAGUCACAAGGUUCAUCAGACAAAUGAUGUACAGAGAGGCCACUGGCCAACACCAUCACACCAAGCAGCACAAAGUGCCCCUCUGCUAAACAUCAAACUGAAAGGAGAUGAAGCAUCUACGCUAGCUGAGGACUCAGCCUGCAGCACUUGCCACUCUGAGGACGGCAUCAGCAGCGAGGACCUCCAGAACAGCACGUUUGAUAACCAGAUGGAUGUGAUCCAGGUUACAGACUUGUCAGUAAGAGAAGCAACACCGCCUCAGUCACUGGCUGAAUCAGCCACAGAGGCAACAGUUUUGGCCUUAACUGAAGAAAGUGAAGUGGAUGUAAAGAGGCUUGAUGGGAUGGUCCUGAGGAAUGGAGCUCAUGGCACAUGUGAGCUGGAGACAGACCAGUCUGGAGGUUCUGAUGUGAACAGUAUGGACUCGGUGGACAGCGGCUGCACUAUGGGUGCAGGAGAAAUCCAGAGUAACCAUGCUGCCUCCUCGAGCUCUGAGCUCAUCAUCUGGGAGAUUGAGGUGCCAAAGCAUCUUGUAGGGCGGUUAAUCGGGAAGCAGGGGAGAUACGUGAGUUUCCUGAAGCAGAACUCUGGUUCAAAGAUCUACAUCUCCACCCUGCCUUACACACAGGAGUUCCAGAUCUGUCACAUAGAGGGUACGCAGCAGCAGGUUGACAAAGCCCUGUCACUGAUUGGGAAGAAAUUUAAAGAUCUGGACUUGACCAACCUUUAUGCGCCUCCACCGCCCCCACUCACAUUGCCAUCACUUCCCAUGACUUCCUGGCUUCUUCUGCCCAGUGGUGUGACAGUUGAAGUGAUUGUGGUGAACAUCGUGUCGGCCGGUCACGUCUUCGUCCAGCAGCACACCCACCCCACCUACCACGCCCUACGAAGCCUCGACCAGCAGAUGUUCCUCUGCUACUCCCAGCCGGGCACCCCUGCCCUGCCCUCACCUGCUGAAGUCGGUGUAAUCUGUGCGGCUCCAGCGGUGGAAGGAGCGUGGUGGAGAGCUCAGGUCAUCACCUUCUAUAAAGAAACAAAUGAAGCAGAGAUUAGAUAUGUUGACUAUGGCGGCUAUGACAGAGUCAAGAUCGACUCACUACGGCAAAUAAGGUCUGAUUUUGUAACAUUACCGUUUCAAGGGGCUGAAGUAUUACUAGACAACAUCGCCCCUCUUCCAGGAGAGGAUCGUUUUUCACCAGAGGCCACAUCAGCGAUGGAGGAGAUGACCAGAGGAGUGGCUCUGCUUGCACAGGUCUCAAAUUAUGAUAACAACACAGGCCUGCCAUUGGUCCACCUGUGGAACAUGGUGGGAGAAGAGGUGGUUUCAGUGAACCGCUCGCUAGCAGAGAGGGGCCUUGCUGUUUGGGUGGAUGGAUUCUGAACUCCUAACAUGCUUUGACAUCCACCCCCCCCACGCACCCACCCUGUUCUCCUGUGAUCAGCAUUCUCGGACCCAGGUGACCCCCAGAUUCCCAGCCACACCAGACACACCACUGAAUCUAAGAAGAUUGUUUUUUCUUUCUUUUCUUUUUAGUUUUUUUCUUGCCCCCUCCCUUGCCCCGAUGCCCCAUUACUUAAAAAAAAAAAAAAUUAAAAUUGUUUGCAGGCAUAAUCUACGAGAACACAGCACUGCUGCAAAAUAAGACAAGCUUCCCUCUUGUUUUGGUUCACAAAAACAACUUAAAGAAGGGAAGGAAGAGGUACUUGUACAUUUUUAAAAAAUCUAUAUUGUAACAAAAUAAAGGUUCAACCAAUAUUUUUUUUCCUCCCCCAUCCUAACUUUUUUUGCGCUGGGCCUUUGCACACUGACUGGAUCAUCAUGCUGUGUGGAAGGACAAACUUCAGACUAUGUAGACACUUGUAAACAGUUUCAUCGACACCUCGGCUAUACUCUGCUAUACUCACGUCUGUAGGUCAGCACAUUUCAAAGUUGAUUUUUUUGGCUUCUUAUCUGGAUAGAAUGUGCGAGGCAGAAAAGCUGUAGAUGCUGACAGUGCUGCAAAAUCCUUGGUGGAGCACCAAGCAGCCAAUAAGGAGGAAAGGAAAACACCCACAGAGAUAAGGACUUCUCUGAGGUCUCCAUCCUCAGCUGCUGUUGCACCUCCAUCUAGGAAAGAGAAGUGAGAAACUGGCCCUUCCCUGACUUUCCUCCACCAACUUGUAGUGCAUUACAGAGGAGCCAGACGUGUUCACCCACCACACAACAUGCAGUUGAACAGUUCUGCAAAUUGGAGCUCUAAGUUGAAAACUCUGGCAAAGUUUAGUACGGUUUGUUUUUCUGACGUCUGCAAGGCAGCAUGCAACUUGAUGUUGAUGAUACGGAUCAUAACUUUGGAAAUGUGUAAUCCUCAAAUGAUACAUGCUCUGUUUUUAAGGACUGACAUUAAUGUAAAGACCACUACUUGAUUCUGUUAUAGUGCAUAGGAAAUACCACCUCUAAGAAAUUCUUCCAGCUCACGUGUUGAUGUUGAAACUCAACAGUUUUACAUUUGGAGGCACUAUAACAGAGUCAGAUAGCAUUUAACUCACUGUCAAAACACUCAGUAACAAAUGGUUUAACCUGAAGGGAAACCAUGCUAGAGGUAUGUACUGACUAGUCUUCACUGAGGUAAUAUUAGUUGUAACAAUAUUUCAUGUCGGUCAAAUUACUGUAUGUGUCAUGUGUAUUCUCUGGCUUUUUAUUCCAAAGAAAUCAGGCUUUUUCUGAACUGGGAUGCAGCAUCAACACACUACUUCUGAUUGAUUUAGUCAGAUUGUUUCAGUAUGAUGGCAGAGUGCUGCUCUUAUCCUGAGGCUCUGAAGGAACCACUCAAAACUGACGGGAAAGAAACACUACACAAGAUUUAGUGUGCAGUGCUGCUCCUCAGUGUAGACCUGAUAUGAACUGUUAAUGUGAAUCCACUGUGUGUCCUCAGUGUGGACAGUGAAGCUGCCCAGCAGCACCUCUGUCCUGUGCUCUUCACUGUUGACUAAAAUCACUCUGUCACCUGUCAGCUGUUGACUAACAGUGUGAUGCAGUACAAAGCAAGGCCCUGUUCUUCUUAUGUAAUAAUGAUUAAGAUUUAUGUAAAGCUGUUGUCAUAGCAACAAAUCCUCAAACCCAAAACCUGAGAAAUGUUAGUGUACAAUUCUGAUUUCAGAUGAGAACAUUAACAUGAUUAUGAUUCAUCAAGAUGUAAUUAUCAAUGUAUGUUUGCCUUUUCAAAAUAAGAGCACUGUGUUGCACAAAAUAAGUAAUUUGUGUGUUUGGGUUAGCUGAAUGAGAAUGAACAGGAUCAUGUUUAUCCUCAGGAGUGUUUCAUUAGGAGGGCACAGAAGAGCUUGGUUCACUGUUCAAACCAGGCUGGAGUGCAUCUGAUAAACGUAAGGCCAACUCAAAGCUUAUAUGGUUAGAUAAAUUAAACAUGGUUUAAAAUCUCAGAUUUGAUACACAGAAUUGACAGUGAAGAAAACCAACAUGGAAAGAGAAAAUGAUUAUACAGGAAGACUAGAUUUCCAUGAUAACUGAUUUACUGAAGUAAACCUGGUUUACCUGGUGAUCCUGUUCUCUGAAACACUCCUCUGGACUGGUUAACACAUUUUGAAGAACAGGGCCUUGAUGAGCUGGGAGAACAUACCAUGUUGUUGGAGGUGUCAUGAAGUCAAACCUCUGUUUGCACUAGAUUGAGCCUGAAGGUGCUCUGUGCAUCCUGUAAGGUGGUCAUUUCCAAGAUGACUUAAUUCUGAAUGAAGUGAACUUCUCCCAUUAAUAGUUUUUAUUGAGUCUCUCUUCAAUGGAAAUGAAAAACACUGUUACUCUAGCAAUAAGGCAGCUUUAUUUUGACAAGUUGAAAGACAGAAUGGGGAUAAAGGAGGAAUAAAUGUUAGAUUUGACAAUUAAGAACUAGGAAAGGUAACUACAUAACUGUUCUCAACAUUAACAGGUAAACAGCACUAUACAAACUCCUUAAUAAUGCAUAACUUUAAUAACGUAUCUCAGGAAUGGUUCAUUAGGUGGUCGACUGGUGAAUCAAUGUGCCUGAGGGCAGCUGAUGGAGGAAAGGGGGAUGAUUGUGCUUGAAAACAUAAUUCAGAUGCAAAGGAAAAGAGGCAUUGCAUAGAAGAAAUAUGAGAUGUAGAAGAAAGCGUCCACAUGUUGGUGCUGGAAUCGGAGCAGUAGCCAUAUUGAUUGUUUGUUGGCUUGUGUGCAUUCUUCCUCUCUGUUUCACAUGAACUGUCUGCUCCUGACUUUUACUUGUUUUGUUUUUUUCCCCAUCCAAAAACCAGAUUUAAAAAUGCCAUACUGGUAAAGUUGCUUCCUCCCUUCCAAGACUACUAUCCCUGCUGCCCAGAACCCCGUCACCACACCUAAAAGAAAUCUGUUUGAUUAAAUUAGAGUUUUGUUCAUUUCACUGUAAAUAAGAUAUUUGACUGUACUUUUCUAUAACACUGGAGAGAAAGAUGGAAUCUAAAGGGAACAUAAUUGUUUUUCUUCCGUUUGGUUUGUUUUGGUUCAUCCUGCUGCCCCCCCCCCCUCCCCCCCUUUUUCACUCACUCAUGUUCAUGUUUUCAAGCUGAGGGACUGAUUUUUAAGUGUUUGCAUAGCUAGACAAGUCAUCAUUUGAUUAUUUAAAUGCGUGUUAAGCUAUUGUGCCCGAAAGCAUUUAACAUGUACAGAUCAGUUUUUGCUAGGCUCAUCUUAAGUUUGAUUUCUUGAUUGUACAGAUCUAUUAGGGGAAAAAAAAUAAAAGUUAUUGAAAGUGUU